GUUUGCAGAACUGAGUACUUCCUGCUACGUUAAAUAAAGUAGUAAUCAUACUUACCCAAGAGCACGCUCCACACGGUGGCAAUGGAGCUGUCCUCAGCUUUUCAACAGUAAGCAAUGAACCUGCAGUCGAACAAGUCAGUGCUGUGAGGCUGUCCUCUAAGGGUGGCUGGAAUGAGCUGAGCUUUUAUCAGUUUUUAUCCUCACCUGUUUCAUCAGCAGAAAGGUUUUACUUAAUGCAACAAUGAUGCUCAUCAGCGUGAAGAGAUGUGCACCUUUGUUAUGGGGAGUACUCAUUUUGUUUGCAGCAGAUUCAAUGGCUGCUUCCACCCCAGAAACCAACAAUUUUACCCCCACUGUUGAGCCUAGGAAAACAACCACCCAACUGACAACUGCACUUGGAUUUCAAAAUAAAACAGAUUCACACACUUCACCCUGGGAAUCAACUCACAAACCUGCAAUUACUACCAUUUCUGAAGCAGCAAAGAGCACGGUGGUAACCACAGUGGAAACUAAAGAGGCAGUUUUCAGUAGCAAAACUAACAGCCCCGAUGACAGCACAGUCAGUUUGGUUCUUACAACUGCAGCAGCAGAAGCACCAGCUACAAGCAGCUCCACUCCACAGUUACUUCAUGUCUCCACAGCUGUGGGUGAAACUCAACCUUCCCACCACACGACCAUCAAAGAAACAGCGACACAUACACAGGAUCAUUCCCAUCAACAAUCAACCGUCGCUUCUACAAACACGGCGGCUCCUGCAACAACUUCUGCAACAUUUUCAUCAACAGUAACCGUGUUGUCGCCACAACCCACAUCCAUCGCUGAGUCUGAAAUGACAUCAGCGUCAUCAUCCAGUUUCUCUUCUGAGAAAUCUACUGCUGAUCCAGGCAUUCAGAACCUCGGCAGUACCUCAGGUUCUACUACGAGCACAGUGACAGAAGAACCAAUCUCUGAGAUGACACAUGGGUCCACUUCUUUGCCCCCCACAACAGCUGAGACAUUAAAAACCCCCACUGAGAUUUCAUCUACAGCUCAGCCCAUUACUGCUUCAAGUACUCCUAUCUCUACUUCACUGUUUUCUGACACAACAGAGUCAAACGCUACCUCUAUCUCUACUGAAUCUCCCAACUCCACUACUGCUGCUGGAAUCCUGAUUCCUCGCAAACCUAAUCUGUCACCAGAUCCAACAACCAGAUCCGCUCCAGCUACCGAAUCACAUAAUGAAGACUUAAAAACAACCCCCAGCACUGAGGUUCAACCUUGCUCAACCCAGACCAUAGUGAAGCAUUGCCUCAUCAUCAUCGCCUUUCUGGCCGUGUUGACCACAAUCUUUAUCUUUUCUACCAUUGUCCUCUGCGUCAAACUGUCAGUGAGGAAGCACAGGCGCAAACCUCAAAAGGAAACGGAGAUGAUGUGCAUCUCUGCUCUGCUACCUGAGAGGAGUUACAACUAUACAAGACAACACAAUCCGGUGCCUAACGGAGUCUUGGUGAUCCCGAGGGUUGAAGACAGUGACGAUGAGGUGGGAGAUAACCUCACUCUCAGCAGCUUCCUUCCAGAAAACGACCGCUAUGUGUAAACGGAUUUACAAUGCUUUCAUCUGUCUGCUAUCAGAUGUGGGAAUAGUUGAUAUUUGAAUAAACUCUUGCUUCCCCUUUGAUAUUAGUGGUUUUGCUUCAGUGCCUGAACUUCAGCGAGGGGAAGAGACAGAAACCACAAACAGACAGACAAACAUUCAUGGUUUCAUGUUCAAGUACCUGUAGCUGCAUGCGGCAUUUGACAAGGUCACACAAUGAACGGUGUAUUUUGGGCAAAAGUCAGUGCAUUUUGCAUGACUUUGCCCUCAACAGGAUAGAGGGCGAUCAA